UCCUCUCCUCCCUCCCCUCGCCGGCUUCGCCGCGAUCUCCGGCAAGGCGGCGACCUACCGGCGACCACGCGCCGUCACCCGCCCCGCCUAGGCGGAUUUCCAGCUCCGUGGACUGUGGUAGUAGAUGGGAUCCUGCCCCGCGGGGAGAGGGUAAAAUAGGAUCUGCGCGUUCCGAGACAGUCUCCCGUAUCGAGAGCUCCAGACUUCCAGGCCUUAGCUAAGUUACUGCAAUGGCGUCCUCAACUACGGAAGAGGCCAAACCGAAGCCGCGCCUCAUCGUUCGCCUGGGGAUAUUCCUCGCGUCUCACCACAUACUCUUCAGCGCUCUGUGCUGUACGGCGGGCAUAAUCGCACUCCUCUUCCUCCCUUCACUUGCCAAGAACACUUACCUAUCAGAGAAUGCUCUUAUACCCGGUUCUGCAAAUACAUUAUUUUCUACUGAAGAUAUCCUGGAAGCAAAUAGAUUUUUGAAGGGAAUCGAAGCUGCAACUGGGGAAUCAAGAGGUGGAACGGAUAUGCCGAAAUUCAUAUCACAAGAAAUAAAAAAUCUGGGGGCAGAAGUGCAUUACCAUGAGUUCCUCCCUGACAGAAAAUGUUUUCAUCCUUUGAAGUUCUUUACUUCCAUGACAAAUAAUAUGGCAGUCAAACCUAAUGGAACCUACACCAACUUUGGAAUAAACAUAGCUGGCAUUAUACGCGCUCCUCGUGGUGAUGGCAAAGAAGCAAUUGUACUGGUUACCCCUUAUAAUUCUCAGGGAGAUCAAUCUAAUGAGUUAUUAUCACUGGCCCUUGGAUUCUCUGUUUUCUCCCUCUUAAGUCGAGCUACAUGGCUAGCAAAGGAUAUUGUCUGGUUAUCUGCAGAUUCACAAUUUGGAGAGUAUGCCGCAGUCUCUGCAUGGUUAAAUCAAUACCAUAAUCCCAUGUUUCUGAGUGACCCAGUGAUUUUAGAUACCAAGAUGUAUGGUACCAAUCGGAAUUUAUAUGAACAUGAUGACACUACAGAAAAAGCAGAACUUAUGACUUUCAAACGUGCUGGAACAAUGGCAGCUGCACUCAUAUUUAAAGUUGGAGAAACCAGGAAAUAUAAUGACAGAGAUAGUGUCACAAUGUAUGCAGAGGCAUCUAAUGGCCAAAUGCCAAACUUGGAUCUUCUGAAUGUGGUGCACUAUUUAGCUGUUCAUAGACAAGGUUUUCAUGUGAAUAUUGAGACAUUUAGUUCAUUGUUGAGUUCUUCAUGGCUUAAGGUUAUUGCUGAAGUAUUUCAAAAUGUUGGGAGUGUAUUGAGAAAAAUAAAUCCUGAUUGGAAGCUUGACGUGAACGUCCCUGAUUAUGUGGAGGGUACUGCAAACCUGGCCAAUUCUAUGUACAACCAGGCUCUUGGAGUGCCCACAGGUUCUCAUGGUGCUUUCCGUGACUAUCAAGUCGAUGCAGUUUCUUUGGAAUUUGCACCAGCAUUUAAUCUUAAAAACGAGAAUGCUAAAUUUUCAUUUCUUCUCAGGGGUGGAAGGCUAACCGAAGGAGUUGUGCGCUCUGUAAACAACCUGCUUGAGAAGUUCCAUCAAUCCUUUUUCCUGUAUUUCCUUACAGCUCCAAGCAAGUUUAUUUCAGUUGGUGUAUAUAUGAUUCCGUUUGCAUUGUUCCUAGCACCGCUCCCAAUAGUUGCUGCUGCUCUUGCUGGUGACAGUAAAACCAAGGGGAAAUUGGUUGAUGAGUGUAAAACAAAGGAUAUUGUCGGUGAUCUCGAAAUCGGCGGUGAAUCGUGGAAAUGGCUUAAAUCUGCAAGAGUACUGCUUGUUAUCCAAAUUUGGGCAGCACUUGUUUCUUUACUCCCAUAUUACAUUAGUCAAAUUCCUGGUGCUAUGCCAACACAAUAUGCAGUGAUUUGGGCUGUGCUCUCCAUUGUUAUAUUGAUCAUCCUGUAUGGAAUGUUCGGCUCACCAUAUCAUGCUGGUGUGGAAUGGAGGCUUUUAAAGGCUACGAUGAUCACUUCCAUCACCAUAGGAAUGGGGCUUAUGUCAAUCAUAAAUUUUGCUACUGCGCAGCUUGGGGCUUUGAUAUUGAUCCCGAUGUGCUUGUUUUCUCGACCACUGAAGGCACAGCUUGAGAUGAAUUUCCUACCACGGAUAAUAUUGUUCAUCUCAAACAUACUUCUCACCGUGUUGGGUUUCCCUCCAGCUGCAUUGCUGGUUAUGAAAUGUCUAUCCAAGGGAUUGUGGACAGUCGACAUUGGGGAUUUCUGGCUGUGGAUGGAGUUCUUGUGGGAAUGGAGCAGCGCGACAUAUCUGUAUGUAUUUCUUGUCCAUCUUCCCUGCUGGCUUUUGUGCAUCCAUGUGUUGUUGCAUCCAUGCCUCCAACCUGAAUCAAAGAUGAAGCAGGAAUAGCACACAUUUUGUCAUCGCUUUGAGGUUAGAGAGCACUGUAACAGACACCCCUGACUUGGGGUGUGCUUUGGCCAUUAACUCUUGAAACAAGCAACUUAGUUUUGUAUGCGGAGGACUAGCAGCUUAGCAACAUUGAUGUAUUUUGCUGUUUCCUUUGUAAUAACUACGGAUGGGAUAGUAAAGCCUGCUUAUUCAGAGAA